CUUUUCAUCUGGAGUUCGAGGCAAUCGGAUCCAAAAGAGGAAUCACGCUAUCGCACGGAUACUUCGGGCGUAGAAACCACGUUGGCUAUCGAAAAGGUAGCAGUCCAGAAGACGAAGAGACCUUGAACACUUGGUUUCUUCACCUUGUCAUUAGAAUACCUACUGCCACUUAUAUAACAUAACAAGUCCCUUAAUACGCGCUCCCCGCAGUCGCACCCAACACACCCGGUCAAGAUGCAUAUCCGGGAGAUGCUUGCCGAUGCCGAAAGGACGAAGGCCCCGUCCUUCUCCUUCGAGUACUUCCCGCCCAAGACGGCACAGGGUGUCCAGAACCUCUACGACCGCAUGGACCGCAUGUACAACUUUGGUCCCAAGUUCAUUGACAUCACAUGGGGCGCCGGUGGUCGUAUUGCCGAACUUACCUGCGAAAUGGUUGCCCAAGCCCAGGCUUACCUCGGCCUCGAGACGUGUAUGCAUCUCACCUGCACCGACAUGGGUGAGGAGAAGGUGAACAACGCUCUGCAAAGGGCCUACAAGGCCGGCUGCACCAACAUUUUGGCAUUGCGAGGUGAUCCUCCCCGUGAGAAGGAGAGGUGGGAGGCUGCUGAGGGCGGUUUCCAGUACGCUCGGGACUUGGUCGCCCAUAUUCGCAAGCUGUACGGCGACCACUUCGACAUUGGUGUUGCUGGCUAUCCCGAGGGUUGCGAUGACAACAAGGAUGAGGAGUCUCUGCUCGAUCACCUGAAGGAGAAAGUCGACAUGGGCGCGUCCUUCAUUGUCACUCAGAUGUUCUACGACGUUGACAACUUCCUGCGCUGGGUCAAGCGGGUUAGGGAGAGGGGGAUCACAAUUCCUAUUAUUCCUGGCAUCAUGCCCAUCGCCACCUACGCCAGUUUCAUUCGCCGCGCGAACCACAUGAACUGCAAGAUCCCCGAGGAAUGGAUGGCGAAACUCGAGCCCGUCAAGAACGAUGAUGUGGCUGUCCGUGAGAUUGGCAAGACUCUUGUUGCCGAAAUGUGUCGCAAGAUUGUCGACGCGGGUAUCCGCCACUUGCAUUUCUACACCAUGAACCUCGCCCAGGCUACGCGCAUGGUUCUUGAGGAGCUUGACUGGUUGCCUUCGCCCAACCGGCCGCUCAAGCGCGCUCUUCCCUGGAAGCAGUCUUUGGGUUCUGGGAGAAGGGAUGAAGAUGUGCGCCCCAUCUUCUGGCGCAACCGCAACAAAUCCUACAUCACCCGCACCCAAGACUGGGACGAGUUUCCUAACGGCCGCUGGGGUGAUUCGAGAUCUCCUGCCUUCGGUGAGCUUGAUGCCUAUGGUAUUGGCUUGACGGGUUCCAAUGAGCUGAAUCGCAAGAAGUGGGGCGAGCCUCAAACCGUCAAGGACAUCGCCAACCUCUUCGUGCGCUAUCUUAACCAGGAGCUCGAAUACCUGCCAUGGAGCGAGGCCCCUAUCUCGAGCGAAGCUGAGCUGAUCAAGGAUGACCUCAUUGCUCUCAACAACCGUGGCUUGAUCACCAUUAACUCCCAGCCGGCUGUCAAUGGCGUCAAGUCGACACACCCCGUCCAUGGCUGGGGUCCCGCGAAUGGUUAUGUCUAUCAAAAGGCUUAUCUGGAACUCUUAGUCUCUCCAGAACUCUUCCCCGAAAUCAAGCGCCGGAUCGAGGACCACCCCGACAUCACCUACUAUGCCGUAACCAAGUCCGGUAACCUCCACACCAAUGCGCCAUCCGAAGGACCCAACGCAGUUACAUGGGGUGUUUUCCCAGGCAAGGAGAUCGUGCAGCCCACCAUCGUUGAGAGCAUCAGCUUCCUUGCCUGGAAGGACGAGGCCUUCCAACUGGGUCUUGAGUGGGCCCGCUGCUACGACGCCGAUACCCCCAGUCGCCUCCUGAUUGAGGACAUCAUGAACAAGUGGUAUUUGAUCAACAUUGUAAACAACGAUUUUCACCAACCACGCACCAUCUUCGAGAUCUUGAAUGACCUGUCUCUUCCCGAUCUUGAGAAGGUUUACACGCCCGCACAUACGAAUGGUGCAACCAACGGCGUUUCUGAGGCUUCAACAGUGCCUCAAUAAAGGAGAUACGUCCUCUCUUCUUUUACUUUUCCUCCCAACGACAUAUUAUUUCAACAUUUUUUCUUAUUUUUUUCAACAAUGCAUGGAAGCCUACGGGUAGGCUUUCCACUCCCCGUUACCUAAACGUAAUAUUUGACCGUUUUUCAACAAAAAGCGCGUUUUCAGACAACAAGCAUGACGUACUCUGCUGCCAGGUUUUGCGGGAUACAACAGGACAGAGCAACGACAACGAUUGAUGAUUCCAAGUUUUGCCGAACCACAAGGCAGCAUUUGCAUACCAAGCAUAUAUACAGAGAACGGAAAGGGUACCGGGGAAACUUUCAACACACACGGGAGAGGAAAAGGAAAGAGGUUAAAGCACAGCAUUAUACAAAACCGGCGUUCUGCGAUGUCGAGCUUUGGCGGGAUUGGACCGUCGGGUAAGUGGCAUUAUUUUGGGCGAGUUUGAUUUUUCAACAAAAAUUCGGAAGGAGCAUGGGACCGGCACCUUGAGGGAGAUGAUCAACAAAGGUACGAGGAUGAAAAUUGAAAGGAGAAAUAAACGCACGAAGUGAAUGAGGAUCUGUGGACAUGUGGGCAUAGGCAGGACGGUGCAUAUCUCAACGAUACCCGGAAGUGGAAUGGAAAAUGGUGUUAGGCAGGCAGGCAUCGAGAAUGGAUUUUGGAUUGGAUCAUCUUGUAUUGACUCCUCUUCGACCACCACGAUCAAUUGCUUCCCUUGCAGUGAAUGUUGAAUAGCCCGGCAGGUGAACAACGAGCAAUUAGCACGCG